AUGACAAAGAAGAAGUCCAAGAUCAACAGGUACAAGAAGAAACUUCAAGUACAACAAGUCCGGUACAAGUGCAGCAAGGAGCAGAGCAAGGACCGGUACAAGUGCAGCAAGGAGCACAGCAAGGACCGGUACAAGUGCAGCAAGGAGCAGAGCAAGGACCGGUACAAGUCACGCGGCAGCAAGGAGCAGAGCAAGGACUGGUACAAGUGCAGCAAGGAGCAGAGCAAGGACUGGUACAAGUGCAGCAAGGAGCAGAGCAAGGACCGCAAGGAGCAGAGCAAGGACCGGUACAAGUGCAGCAAGGAGCAGAGCAAGGACUGGUACAAGUGCAGCAAGGAGCAGAGCAAGGACUGGUACAAGUGCAGCAAGGAGCAGAGCAAGGACUGGUACAAGUGCAGCCGCUGA